AUGAAGCUCUUCACUCUUCGCGAGGAGCGAAAGAUGCAGCCUCGCAUGAUUGGCAAUAUGAUCUCUUCCAUGCUGUACGAGAAGCGGUUCGGACCGUGGUUCACAGAGCCGGUCGUCGCCGGCCUGGACGACAACCACAAGCCGUUCGUGUGCGCCUUCGACUUCAUUGGAUGUCUUUCUACUGCGGAGGACUUUGUUGUCUCUGGCACCACUUCUGAGCAGCUCUUUGGCGUUUGCGAGUCCUUCUGGCGGCCUGGUAUGAACAAGGAUGAGCUCUUUGAGACCCUUUCCCAGUGUCUACUAUCUGGUGUGGAUCGUGACUGCCUGGCAGGCUGGGGUGGUGUGGUGCACGUCAUUACGCCAGAUGAAAUCAUUACCAAGAAGUUGAAGGGUCGUCCAGCCCUUGGAUCAAGCAUUCAUAGGAGCUGUCCCUUUCUUGACCUUGACCUUGUCCACCUGGAAUAA